UUCUACUAUAAAUACAGAGGGAGUAAAAUCGUACCACCCAAAACAGUUUUUUUCAAUGUGUGUCCUCUUAACGUCCAUAAUACACAGUAGGUAUAGAUACAUUUUCUAUAGUUACGUUGCGAAAACGACAUAUUUUUAUAUUAAUUUUACAUACUUUAUUAUAUUUACAAGUUGUAACAACAAUGGGUUUUCCUCAUAUCUACAAUUAAAAUCAUAACUUUUUUCAGUCAGUACCAGGUAACUACAUCAUCAGUACCUACCUAUCUACUUACCAACAAUUAUAAAUGUGUGUAAUGUUGGUAUUAAUUUUUGAAUUAAAUAAUUUUGUACUUACCUAUUUAUAUUUGUAGGUUACCUAUGUAAGUUAUCUAAUAACUUUUAGGGAUUAAUUUUGAAAUUUAUUGGUCCAACUAGUCAAUUGAAAUUUUAAUAUAUUCGAAGUACAUAUUGACAUUGUAUUACAAUAAUAUAUUAAUAUAGUACCUAUGUUUCUAUUUAGAUAUUCGUAUUUAAAUUACUGAGAAAUAUAUUUCAAUACAUUUUGAUUGAAGAACAUUUUUAAACAGAAGCCUAUGCCAAUUUGAAAUACUUUUUAAAAGCGUAUUUUGUAACUAUAGUGUCUAGUACCAAUACCUAUCUCCUGACUUAUCCGUUGUCCGUUUUGUGUAUACUGUUGCAGUCAACAACGUCAAAUUCACAGCCAGCGACAUGUCUGGCCGGGACGGGUACCGGAGCAUGUGGGAGUCGAUGUACGGCCAGUGCGACGCCAUCGUGUUCGUGGUAGAUAGCACUGACCAGAUGCGGUUCGCUGUGGUCAAGGACGAGCUGGACAUGAUGCUCCGGCACCCGGACGUGGCCGACCGACCGGACCUGCCCAUACUGUUCGUGGCUAACAAGACGGCAGCGCCGGAUGCGUGUGGCGCGUCCGCCUUGGCCGGAGCGCUCAAACUGCAUGAGCACAUGGAACAGGACCGUCCGUGGCGAUUGGCCAGCACUGACGCGGUGGCCGUGUCCGGCCAGCCGGCCGACGACGGGCUAAACGACGCUAUGGAGUGGCUAGCGGAAUUGGUCAAGUUCACCCGUCAGCGAUGACAUGUCCGUAUUCGCCAACAUAUUUUUUUAUUUUUUUUUAUUAAUUGAAUAACAUUUUACAAUUUUUUUUUGACGUUAUUUUACCUUGAGAUGUUUAUUUCAUUGUUAUAUAAUUAUUAUCGUCCUUCGUACACUAAUUCGAAAAUGAUAUUCGUCCGAUUCAGUGCCUAUUAUAUUUUUGGUAAUUUUUCGUAGUAAACACAUUUUAUUAACUAUUAAGUACAGCACACAAAGAACACGCGAGGAGUCGUUUUUAUUUAAAUAAAUACAUAUUAUGUUCUUUAACGUGUACGUAACUAGCCUUAUUUAUAAUUUUAAACUAUUUGUAUAUGUUUUGAUUAAAUAAAUGUAAGACAGUUAUUAUUUCAAAAACUACAUUGUAAUUUAUAAUAUAACCUAAUGUUUU